CCAUACGCGUCCUACGCUGAUUAAAAUAUUCCCGCACGCAUAUUACCGAAACCACGCCUCCUCUUUCUCUCCGCAUUUUUUAAUCUUCUUUCGGACAAUAGGAGGAACGCAUCCCCCCGACACUUCCGGUAAUAUAGCUGUCUUCCUUGCUAUUUCCAGAUCUCUGAUUCCCAUCCACGGCUGUGAUUCCUCCACGUGUCUUCCGGACCUUAUUCACUAUUUAAAUUCCUUUUCUUUUCUCUCCCAAUUUCGUUUCGUUUCCUUUCCUUUCUUGCUCAGAGAGAAUCUAGAGAAAGGGAGAAAAAAAAUAAAAUAAAAAUAACAGCGCCAGUCGCCGUUUUUUGCAUCUUUACUUGUGCGUUGUCACCAGAUCCGACGUGGUUUAGUCUAAACCGGAAACUUCUCUUACCGGAUCUAUUUUAGCAGCAAUAGCGCGAAGUUGACUUUGGUUCAAUCCAACGGUCAAGAUGGCACCGAGCACAAUCAGGAAGGCGAUCGGCACCGUUAAGGAUCAAACCAGCAUCGGAAUAGCGAAAGUGGCAAGCAACAUGGCACCAGAGCUAGAAGUUGCAAUAGUAAAAGCGACAAGCCACGACGAUGAUCCUGCAAACGAGAAGUACAUAAGAGAGAUCUUAAACUUAACAUCCUGUUCACGUGGAUAUAUACACGCCUGUGUUGCAGCAGUUUCGAAGCGUCUUGGGAAGACAAGAGACUGGAUUGUAGCGCUGAAAGCGUUAAUGCUUGUUCAUAGGUUGUUAAAUGAAGCGGAUCCGCUGUUUCAGGAAGAGAUCUUAUACGCUACAAGGAGAGGGACGAGGGUACUGAACAUGUCUGAUUUUAGAGAUGAAGCGCAUUCCAGUUCCUGGGAUCAUUCGGCUUUUGUUAGAACUUAUGCUAUGUAUUUGGAUCAGAGACUUGAAUUGAUUUUAUUUGACCGUAAAGGAAAAGUAGGCGGCGGCGGCAGUAGUCACGGCGGUGGUGGCAGUGCGCAUGGGUAUGAAAUUGAAAGAUAUGGAGGAGGUAGCAGAGGUGAUUUUAGGUCACCGCCCCCUAGAUCUUAUGAGUAUAAUGAUUAUGGAGAUUAUAGAGGCGGUGAUCAAGGAUAUGGAGGUAAUUAUGGAAUGACAAGAAGGUCUAGGUCGUUUGGCGACAUGAGCGAAGCCGUCCCAAAAGAGGAUAGAAAAGCAGUGACGCCAUUGAGGGAAAUGAAAGUUGAGAGGAUAUUUGGAAAAAUGGCACAUUUGCAAAGGUUGCUGGAUAGGUUCUUGGCAUGUCGGCCAACGGGGUUAGCUAAGAACAGUAGGAUGGUUUUGAUUGCGCUUUAUCCUGUUGUGAAAGAGAGUUUUCAGUUGUAUGCUGACAUAUGUGAGGUUUUGGCUGUUUUGCUUGAUAAAUUCUUUGAUAUGGAGUAUCCUGAUUGCGGUAAGGCUUUUGAUGCUUAUGCUAGUGCUGCCAAACAGAUUGAUGAGUUAAUUAUGUUUUAUAAUUGGUGCAAGGAUACUGGUGUGUCUAGAUCAUCCGAGUAUCCGGAUGUGCAGAAAAUUACCAGUAAAUUGUUGGAGACUUUAGAGGAGUUUGUGAGGGAUAGAGCUAAACGGCCUAAGAGUCCGGAGAGGAAAGAAUUAGAGCCUCCUCCUGUUGCUCAGGAGGAAGAGCCUGUACCUGAUAUGAAUGAGAUUAAAGCAUUGCCUCCUCCAGAGGAUUAUACUCCUCCUCCACCUGCUGAGCCGGAGCCGCCUAAGCCUCCACAACCACAGGUUACUGGUGAUUUGGUGAAUUUGAGAGAUGAUGCUGUCUCUGCUGAUGAUCAAGGGAAUAGGUUUGCUUUGGCUUUGUUUGCUGGACCACCUGCUAAUAAUGGAAAUGGAUCCUGGGAAGCUUUCCCAUCUAAUGGAGACCCUCAAGUGACCUCCGCUUGGCAGACCCCAGCUGCGGAGCCAGGCAAGGCAGAUUGGGAAUUGGCAUUGGUCGAGUCAGCUAGCAAUUUAUCGAAGCAAAAGGCAGCUUUGGGUGGUGGGUUGGAUCCAUUGUUGUUAAAUGGAAUGUAUGAUCAAGGAAUGGUGAGGCAACAUGUUAGCACUGCACAACUGAGUGGAGGUAGUGCUAGCAGUGUGGCAUUGCCAGCAGCAGGGAAGAGCGCAGCUCCUGUUUUGGCUCUCCCGGCUCCAGAUGGAACAGUUGAAACAGUUAAUCAGGAUCCGUUUGCUGCUUCAUUGAGUAUUCCACCUCCUUCAUAUGUGCAGAUGGCUGAUAUGGAGAAGAAACAACAGUUGCUUGUGCAGGAGCAGGUAGUAUGGCAGCAGUAUGCCAAGGAUGGAAUGCAAGGUCAAACUAGUUUGGCCAAGAUCAAUGGCACUGGAUACUAUAAUGCAGGGCCUAUGCCAAUGACGCCUUAUGGAACGCCACCACUCAAUGGAAUGGGGCCAAUGCCCGGGUAUUACUACACUCCUUACUGAUUUUUAUUCUGUUUACUUAUAGAUGGCUUCUUUUGCUCAUGUUAUGUUUAUCUCUUUAGUUUUUUUUUUUUUUCUUUUUAAUCCUUCUUCAAGGAUGUGAUAUCCUGCAAUUUGUGCACAAAAUGGGAUUGAUAGGGAAAGGGAGAGACUGGAGUUGAUAAACUAAUGAUUGUGGGUAAUUUUGAUGUUUGGAAGACCUGUAAUUCAUAAUUUGGCAUCUCUUUGUGCUUUGUAAUAUUAGCAAUUUCUUUGGCA